AUGGGGAAAAUCGCCUCCGACUUUAACAAGAUCAUCAAUGAGGGACGCGAGCGGAAGAAGAACGAAGCCCUCGCAGCCAAGAUCUUCGGCACCAAGGACAACCGCCGCUCCAGCACACCAGGCAGGGCCGCCGCCGGCGGUUCCUUGGCAAGCAGGGUCGGAGUGAAGAAGCGGCAGUCCACCUCAUCUGCGCCACGCAUCCCCCCAGGCGACAUCAAUGCCGGAUGGGCCCACGAUCUACACGGCACCCGCUCGACCCCGAACCUGCGCGCGCAGAACAACCAACAGGCAGCGCCCAGGGCUGGUUCGCUAGCAGCGAGGAUACAUGCCCCUGGUGCAAGACCAGCCGCCGCGAGGGCCAUUCCUACUGGCCCUCGCGCAGGUGGUCGUGCAGUCAGGCUAGCCAGUGCCGUGUCGCGGACCUCAGGCGCACAGAUGAACAUCACACAGGCACCACCGACACAGCCACGGGGUAUCACGAUCCGUGGACUCGCCGGACCGUUCGCCAUCAGGGCCCAGAACUUUGCACCCGGCACCACAGCAGCAGACAUCGAAAGCGCCAUGACCCCCAUCGGUGGUAUCGUUCAGAGCUGUCGCUUGCUCAAGUCUCAGCCAAUCGUCAUCGCCGAAGUUGUCUUUGAGAGCAAAGAGGGGGCCGAUCGGGUGAUUGAAACCUUCAACAAUCAAACGGCCGAUGGACGCCUACUUUACGUCUACCACAAGCCAGCUGAUGGCAGCCAUGUCCCAGCAGCACCUGCACCCCGUGUUCGAGCCAAUGAAACAAGAUCCGCUGGCAAUGUCGUAGUGGAUGGUACAAAUGGAUUUGAUGAGCUUGUGGAUUCAGAUCAAGGAUAUAACAGCAACGUCAGCAACGGCGGCGGCCUCUACAGCGAUUCGCUGAUGAACAGAGGCGGCAAUGGCAACCGCAGAGGCAGAGGUUUCCAGAACAACCGCGGUCGAGGUGGGCGGUAG